GGCGGGAAGUUAUGGGAUGGCUACCAAGGGGCUAGGAGCGUUGUCGUGUUGUUCGUGUUGUGUCGUUUUGUAUGGGUGCGUGUGUGUGUUUUAUUUUUGUGUUUGUUAGAGUGGUGUGCGCGUGGUGUGCGGGAUGCGUCCUAGUCGACCGACGACGGGCCGCGUUUGGGACUUCAGCCCCCCAAGAUGUCGGUUUGCGUGCGGGUCCGAUAGGCGUAUUACCGCGCAUACCCCCUAUGCUACAACGAACGAGAAACGCCCUCAGCUGGUCCACCUCUGCAAUUGCAACCGAGUAGCUUUCGUACUGUGGACUGGUAGCUCGGUGGGGAUACGCCCACCGAAGGGAGGUGACAGCUCCCGUAAGGUGGAGCGGGAGGAGAGCGAAGGUCAAUUUGACGAUAGUGAAGAUGAGGCGCCGCGACUGCCGUUUUCGCCGUUGAGCAGAAGAGACCGGUUCAUGCUGUCCAUACCUGGGGUCCGGCAAGAGACCCCGGUUCGACAAGAGGUCGCAACACACCUCGGAAAAGAGGCAGUCCAAUGUGGGCUGGACUUGGAGCCUACCGAGGGCCAUGGCACGGACGACGAGGCUGUGGGCGGGGAGGGAACGCAGGGCACUCCCCAAAAAAGAAGGGGAGAUUGUCAAGAGGUCUUGGUCGGCUCUUCGAAGAAACAGAAGACCAAGACCCCGAACACUACGGGGGAGAAAAGGAAGGGAAGGGGGGUGGAAGAGGACCGCCCGGGUAGCAAACGUCCGGCUUCGAAACAGAAGCAGCCUGCGUCGGGACCUUCCACGCCACGGCCUGCCAUCGACGUGGAUGUCGGGUACUUCCUGGAGUACAAAGACGGCGUCAGGACAAGGCGGGAGUAUGAGAUUAGCCCAGCUGAGGUCGUCGACCUCGGGGAAUGGGAGGAUCUGUACAACCAGCGGUCCCUGGAUCCCGUCCUGGUUGAGGAGAUCAAAGAAGCGAUGCGGUUGGCGUUCGAAAAUAAAGAACAGACGUACGAGUUGCCGACCCUCAAGCUCGCACCACUGGGGCUUCAAAAACCAACUCCCGGGACCAGGGCACAACGUCUGAACCCGGAGGAGUGGAAGGACGAGCUGGCGGGAGAAUACUACUACUACGCGGUGUGUGGGCAACAUAACGCGGCUGCAGCCCGAUCGCUGCUCGGCAGCGAGGUGGCCAAGAGGUAUAAUUUCGAGCGAUGGCUGACAAGAAUGGUGUACUUUUCGGACGAUGACGUCGAAGGGUAUUUUCUUGUUAGUUCACAAGACAACAAGAAGGACCUUAAGGCGCCUCCCAGACAGUCGAAACUGUCUAUGAAAGACAUUCGGUGGCAGUGGAAGCAUGACAGCUGCCCGAGAGCUGUGAUGGGGAAUCCUAGCGGGAAACAAGAUCAGGUCCGGGAUUGGCGCAAAAAGGAGAAAGAGGAGGGUGAUUGGUUCGUGCAAGUGCCGGACCCGGACGUGCAUUGCUGGAAAGCGAUGGAAUCACUCACCGAUAACGAGAAGUGUCGCGUUCUGAAGAAGGUACUUGCUUGUGAGGUCGUUUGGGUCCAGGCCAGCUCCCCGUCGUUGGCGAAGUUGGGGAAGCUCAGCGUGCAGGACAUGGUGCAGUUGGUGAAGUGCGACCGCGUGCUGGUCCAGUUGUGGAAUUACUACCAAUUCAAACACGAGAAGAGGCCGGACGCGGAUUGGAUCCAAAAGUACCCUUUCCUGAAAUCGAGGUCCGCCGUGUUCAAGAAGUUUGAAGGUCAGGGAUUGGAUGGCGAUUUGUGGGAUAAUAGCAGGAAACACAUUUUCGACUCGGCGCUACUGAAGAGCCGGGAAAUCGCACUUGCCGAAGUCAUUGUUCACAUCAAAUGGAAAGACACAGGGGACGUGACAUCCAUCGUGCUGUUCGGUAACGACCCUUUGGAGGUGGAAGUCAGGGGCGUAGAGCUGAAGGAAGCACACAACCUAUCGUUUCUCGCUAGCAUGCACCAUCUUUCUUUCGUUAAGCUGUUGGAAGGGAAGUGGGUGCGGAGAAGUCAGCAAAAAAAAAGCGUCCCCGUUGGGAACAAUUUGUACAUGGAGGACGACCGCAUGUACAUCCUCUUCAAGGGUCACGAUCUGCGCGUCAACACGUCCGUGGUGUACGAGGGAAAGUUGCCCAAGGGUGCCGCUGCUGCGGUGCGGUUGCCUCAGAGGGUCACCCAGACGGAUGUGUCCGAGAUUCCCUUCAUUCCGUGCGACUGGUCGCUGGUGGCGCCAGAACGACAGGGCAGUGUCUACGGGGAUAUGGAACGUAAUCCGACACAUUUCGUCGGUCUUCUGGAUUUCCUUGGCAAGAAGGGAGAGGGUGUCGUGUUCCUUAGGAAACCACACGCGCGAAGCGUCUGGGAUCUUCUGAAGGCUGGCCGGCACGUUGUCGCGAUGGAAGGGAACUCCGACCUCUUGCAAUUCACGAUGCAGGUGGUGAAAAGCGAAGUCAAUUCGGGCGAGCACAAUUGUGAAUUCAUGGUCAUGAAGCCGACACGGGAUCGGGUGUGGAGCAACAAGAUGGACAUGUGGUUCAAGUUGAGCGAGAGGAAGAGGAGGAAGAUAUACGAUUUCUUGUUCCUUCAAAUGCGGCCGCGGAAGGACACUGACGCCGAGUAUGUCCGCCGCAAGGACCACAUGUUGACACCGCUCGACAACUACCACUUCGCCUCCCGCAUGAACGCAAAGACGUUUCUCGAAAGACUGCAGUCGCUGCACUUCGUGGAGUCCGAGGAGCAGUUGAAGUUAGUCAGUUACGCUUCCUUGAUCUCCAUUGAUGACGAGGAAGCCACAGGUGUGGAGUUCCUCGCCAACGCAAAGGAGGAGGAGAGCGACACCGAGAGCCUUGACCUGCAGUACGACCCACCUCCGCCGGACCACGCCCGAGGGUCCUCGUCGGCCGGUCCGUCACCAAGCGCUGCAGCCCUCGUGUCACCGACGGCCAAACCGGCGCCGGGCACCACGGCGAUGAAGUUGCUGGAGAGACUUAGAGCUCUGGCCGAGCCGCCAGAGCGGUCCGGACUGCGAAGCCGCUCGGGGUCGGGGGAGCCGAACCAGGAUCCCGAAAUUGGCAGCGUUGCGGCGCGGGACGGAAAGGUGUCGCCUGAGCGGGAGCGACGACCGCAAGAAUUGCAGCGAGAGGCGGCAAGUGCAGGGUCCGGCGACACGGAGACGACAAAGUCCGCCGAGAUCCGAACUUCUUUGGGCGGGGGGUGUCGGCCAGGGAUUGUCGUGCCGCCGAGAGGGGCAGCAUGCACGGAGACGGAAGGGCGGUCCUCGGGGUUCAACACGGGUACCGCGGAAGGGGAUGAGUUUCGUGGAAAGGAAGUAGGGGAGGAAAUGGAGGAAGGGAAGGAAGCGCAAGAAGGGGAGGAAGAAGGGGAAGAAGAGGAGGAAGGGGAGGAAGCGGGAGAAACGGAGCUACUAAAAUUUCUUAAAGGAAGGGAGGGUGACGGAUCUGGAGACGACGAAGUGGAGCACAGUGAGGACGAUGCCGGAUCUGGAGAGUCGUCUGACGAGUUCGGACAACUGUACGGAGAGCAUCACGAGGAUAAUGUCGACGACGAUGCCACGACAAUGGAGAUGGAAACACAAGUGGUUAGCAGCCUUUCCGCAGAGCCUGAAGAUUAUGUGGUCCGACCACUGACGUCUGCUGUCGACUUGCAAAACCAGUUCGGCGAGGCUUCCGUUGCUGUUAGCCCAUCUAAAACAAGUCGUCGUAUAAGCAUCGACGAAGUUAUCGACGGUAUCCUCGGCGACCACCACGUGUCCGCCCAUCCGUCCACAACGCCUGACGUCGACGACGCUGGCAACGUCGCAUCUUCCAUGGCAGCUGCCCUCGCUUCGUCGCCGCCGAAGUUUCUGGUACUGCCGUCCACCCUUGCCGCUGGAGGGGAAGGCCAGGUCAGGGGACGACAACAUGUCACGUCCCCGAAAAAAUCCAGGGUCGGCAGUCAAGCUCUCGACGUGCUCGCUUUGCCCGUGCCAAAUUCCCCGUCGAAGGAGCGGAGAGAGAAACAGACUGGUAAGCCGUGAAGAACGCCACACUGCCUGCGCGUCCUGGAUUAC